AUAUGAUAUCAUUCACUUAUAUAUAUAAUCUUGACUUUUUCUCUCUUUUUCUCUUUUUCUUUGGCCUUUUGCAAUGUCCAAACUAGAGAGGUUAUCAGAUCGGUUCCUUCGAGUAGGAAGACAUCCAUUUAGACUAUGUUCUAGAUCAAAUAGAGGUCACCAUGAUCAGGAUGAUUUUAAAGUCUGCUGCUGCUGUCACACUGAUUCAUCACUCUACUCUAAAUGUUGGCCAUUUAUUUUCUUUUUCUCUGCUAUAACAGAUUAUCCAAUGCCAUUACCCAAGGACAAAAAGCCUGGACAGCAUAGAGAUUGGAGUUGGUUACCGGUGAUAGUCGUAAGUAGCUUGGUUACGUUUGUGUAUUAUGGUUAUUUAGAUAGAAUUGUAUGUAAAGUGUAUCUUUCUUGUUUUUCGUUUGAUUAUUGUACUAAUAUGUAUGCAGUGGUCUUAUUACGGAAGCUACAGCGCAUGAGUCAGGCCGUCAUCUACAUUGUCCCAUUCAAUGUGCUAUUUUUAUUGUUUAUAAUCACUUAUGGAAGAGCAGUGUCACAACCUCCUGGAUAUGCUGAGGAUAUCAAAACAAGUGGAUCUAGUAAUAAUAGCAGUAGCAAGACUGUAACAUCUCAGAGUAUAUCACCAGAGGAGCCAAAGCGGUCUCAGGAUUUACCUUUUUCUGUCCUUGGGUAUCCAAGAUGGUGUGAGAGCUGCCAGCUAUGGAAACCAGAUCGAGCACAUCAUUGUCGUGUCUGUAAUGCAUGCGUUUUAAGAAUGGACCACCAUUGUCCAUGGGUGAAUGGAUGUGUUGGCAUAGACAAUCAUCGAUUUUAUAUCCAAUUCUUAAUUUAUGUCACUUUGCUUGCUAGUUGGACAUUUGUUACCAGCUUAGUGGCAUUCAUACAAUUUCAUGGGAUGACUACCUUUGAUAGUAUAGCAUUGACUGUCUUGAUAAUAGCUGGUAUCUUUACAGUAGCCGUCGGUACUUUCACCUUGUCUCAUCUUUGGCUUGUCCUAAUCAAUCGCACAACCAUUGAAAACUCUCAGUUUCAAAGCUGGAACAAAGACCAAAAGUCAGGAAAAACAAAUGGUAGACUGAUUCAAGGGUUUACAGAGAGUGGUAAAAACGUGUUUAAUCAAGGUUGGAAGAACAAUUGGAUAGAGAUUAUGGGAAGCAAUCCAUGGUUGUGGUUUGCACCAGUACAUUUAAAACCAAGGAUGAAAAGUGAUGGAGUACAUUAUGGGUUUGAUGAACAUAUCCUAAAUGAGUACCUGAAUGAAGAUCAAUCAAGAAGAAGUGAUGCUACUAAUAAACGAUGAUACCCUUUAUAUAUAUGUUAUAAAAAAAGGGAUGAAUAGAUCAACAAAUAAAUUUAUUGGAGAGCAGAAUCUUAACAUUUGUGCGUUAUAUAUAUACAUGUAUUUUAUUUUACGAUACCACAAUU